ACGGAAACAACAUGGAGACCGAGGACAGAAGAAGGAGCGGAGGCUCCGGUAAAACCUCUAAUAAAGGUGGGAAACGCGUCCAAUCAAAGACCGCUGAAGAAGAAGAAGCAAGAAGGAGGGAGGUCGUGAGGGAGACGUUAGGGGGGAAGUUUGAUCUGGAGAGAAGAGCCAUGAAGGUAGUGGAGCGUCUCCUGGAGGACCAGGUGGCUGAAGACUUCCUGGUUGACUGUGCAUGGUUCAUCACUCCUGCUAAUUACAAAGAUACUAUUGAGGAGAGAUCCAUUGCUAAACUGUGUGGUUAUCCCUUAUGUUCGAAUAAACUGGGCAAGAUCACAACUCAAAAAUAUAACAUUUCUACUAAGACCAACAAGGUGUACGACAUCACAGAGCGCAAGUGUUUUUGUAGUAACUUCUGCUACAAAGCCUCCAAAGAGUUUGAGCUCCAAAUCUCGACUACACCUCUUUGGCUCAGGCUGCAUGAGAGUCCUCCAGAAAUUAUAUUGAUGAAGAAAGGAGAUGGCGGGAGUUCUGGUGAGGUUGUGAUGCUGUUGGAGAGGGGUCUCCAAGAGGAGGACGUGGAGAACCCUCAACCCGUCGACCCUCACAGCUCUCAGCUGGGUUCUGCUGCAGACGGCCACGGCCACAGUGAAAGCAGCGACAUUGAACAGGAGCAGGACUUUGUCUCCAGCAUGGUUUCCUCGCGGCAGGGACCCAGGGUGCACUGGGGCAACCUGCCUAAACGUACAGAUGAAGACAAGGAAACUGAUCACGGGAAGACGGAGAGGCGAAAGAAACAGAGGAGGGAUGGCGAUGAGAAGGAGAUUAAGGGUCGUCGAAGUCGUGGAGCAGAUAGGGAGGGAAAAAAGAGAGAAGAUGAGGAUCGACAGGAGUCAUUUUCUUGUAAAACAGAAGUUGGAACUGAUGCUGAGAAACCUAAUGGAGAGCAGGUGCCAGAGGAGAGAGGCCUGCCUGACGAACUCGGUGUGGAAGAGGCUACAGCUAAGAUGAAUUUGUACAAUUUAUCUGAGACGGUCACUCACACUGCUCCCCCGCCUGUUGACUUAACAGCCAAACAAACAGAACACACAAAUCUACUCACUUCUCCACCGGGUGACGACCCAAACAGCUUAACCGAAAGCAAAACUCUCCCUUCUUCAACUCUGAUCAACAUGAAUCAAGACGGCCAUGACGCGGCAUUGACCAGCCAGCUGGGCCUCAACAUCACCCAGGUGGGUAUGAGCAGGAGGGGGGCAGCAGGGCUACAAGAACUCCUCAAGAACCACACUGCUGCAGCCGAACCCGACUCCAUCCGGCUGAAUCUCCUCGAGUGCCUGAGAAGAACGUUGAAGGACUGGAGCACAGACGAGACCCUGAAGUUCCUGUACGGGGCUGAGCAUUCGCUGUGCUCGCCUUUUGCGGAUGUUAAAGAAGAAGAAGAGGUGAGGGAGGAAGAGGAGGAGCUGGAUGAAGACGACCUCGAGGAUGAGGUGACCGAUGAGGAUGCAGAGGGGCUUGGUGCCGGGGAGCAGAAGAGACCAUCUGCAGCAGCUCCAGACUACCGUGUGCUGCAGCAAGAGACCCAGCAGCUGGAGCUACAAGUCAGGGAGUUUUAUAAGGGGACCUGGAUUCUACCUGAGGAGGAGGAGGAGGAGGAGGAGGAGGAGGAGGAGCCGCAUGGAAGCAAGGUGACAGUCCAGGACCAGAACACAAAGGACCCGGCUCUGCCGCUUGUUGACUCUCAUGCUCAGCACCUCAUCCAGAAACGAAUCACAGUGGAGAAGCUCACCAGCUGUCUCACAAACAUUGUCGGUCCUCUGGGUCUCACCAUCAGUGACUUCUCCACCGACCUGAACAAUCUGGUCAGGACAUUCAGGUUCACCAACACAAACAUCAUCCACAGAACUCCAGGGUGGACCCUCUUAACAGUCGUGCUUCUCCAUCUGUUGUCGGAGGUGUCUCCGGUGCUACGAGAAGCUUUGGAGACGCCAACAUCAGCGGAGUAUUUGAACACACUGAUGGAGGAGCUCGGUCUGCAGGAGCAGGACCUUCCGAACAUAGUCCAGCUGUUUAAAACCCCGGCAUACUGACACACACACACGGACACAUGAAUAAUAAAUACACGCUCAAGAUCACUGACUGAAUGAAAUAAAUAUGUGGGUAUCUGACAUUUUCUGUAAUGUUUGUUUUUCCACAAAUAAAGUUGGUUGUAAUAACUUUUGAAACAAAA